AUGCAUUCUGCUUUGGACACCGACACCUUGCACAUUAACUACCAUUCUUCCCCUUUGCCAUCACACAUACUCGCCUCCGUGGCGAACCAAGACCCCGAUGUGGGAGACCGAGCUCGCUACACCAUCAAGAGCAUUGACUGGUCUCAUGUAACAGGACCAGAAGAAGUGCGCCCGCUUGUGCGCUCGCUUUGCGAAGGCGGUUUACGAGUCGCGACAACCCUGCUCAACAAAUCUGCGAAAGAGUUGAUCGAUGAGAAAGUCAGGGGGGUGAGGGAACUCAUCGAGGACAGAACCGAAGGCAAGUUGCCAAACGAGGAGACCCGGAAUCAUAAGGUCUAUCUCAAUAUACAGUCGGAGAAUAUCCCACCUCAAGAAACCCCUCGAGAGCUCACCCUAUUGCUCUCGAAACCAUACUUGGAUGUUGUCCCCUGGGACCAAAACUUCGGGUGCAAAGAGCUGGAAGUAGAGAAACGUGCCGGCUUGCUAGUAAGCAAUUACCAUGAAGCCCCGGGCAGCCUACCACGACAUCGUGUUGAGGAAUUAAAACGAUUGUGCGAAUUCUGGCUGGGCGUCUCCUUUCUAUACGCAGCUGUGCCAGCCAUCAUAUACCAACGGCUUGGACUGUGUAUUGACGAUUUCGAUCGCCUCGAGAAAAACGAACAUAUAGCUAUUUUCAACUUUGGGACAUCAAUCGGAGAAAACAUAUUUGGAGGUCGCCUGGAGUUCUGUAACUAUUUGACACUCCCUAUAUAUUUGACGUAUGUGAAGCUUCUCCAAGAGCUCAACGCUUACAGACAACCCGACGAAUGGAUCAAGGCGCUGGUAUUCCACGAAGAGCUCAAAGCUCCCAAUUUCGAGGAUGGUAUCCUGUGGACCGAGCUGAAGGCGAACAGGAACCUAGGUUUCCUGUCCAUUCCCACCGUGCCUGGAGUUCAAGAUCUCUCAAAACCUCCUCCACAUUCGGCUGGAAAAACCCUGGUCUUUUAG